CGUGUUACUAAGCAUGAUCUAAAAUUGUGCCUUUGUGCAAUUUUUCAAAAGGAGUCUCAAUUGUUUUCAAUCAGAACAAAUAAAACACUUCUCAGAACUGCAGAACAACAAAAGCCUGUUUUCUUGGAACUAUUUUAUCAGGUAUAUAAAGUACUUUGAUUGCGUAUUUUUUAAAUCUUGCCAUCACACCUGAAACACCAAAGAGCAUCUGCCCUAUCAGCUAAUAUAGAAUUAUUCCAAGAUGGCUGGCAAACUUAUCGUGUUGUGCAUGAUGGUGGUGAUUUUGGCAAGCAUUUGUAUAGAUGACAGCACUGCAUGUUUUGUCAGCCGUGUCACCCACAUACAUACCUGCAACAAUUGCAAAGUCCACAAACGAUCGGUGAGGAAGAAUUCCGAGUACACUAGCACAUUCAAAGCUUGCGACUCAGAUGACAAUGGAAAACUUAUUGAAAAAGAGAUGAUGAAAUGUUUUCCACAACCGGGAAGUCAUCUUGCUGAGAUCUUUGAAUCUUUGGACAUUGAUAGAGAUGGUGAACUUACUUUUGAGGAGUUUCAGAAAGCCGAGUUGAAUCCCAAAAAGAAACCGGCUACCAACUGUCACUUGGAUAUGCUAGAAAAAUGCGGAGGCAGCUUCCUGCAAUUUGCGCAUGCGCAUGCACGAGAUCAAAGCAUAAGCGAGACCUCUAUGUGCGAGGCUCUACAGGAGUAUGGUAACUGUGUUGACGAGAAGAGUGGGACAUGUCACACCGAGGACACCAAAAACUUCGCCGCGAAGUUGCUUCACAUGAUUCGGACGUCAAAGAAAGAUGGCGUAUGCCCUGACAUCAAGAUAAAUGGUCUUGACAACAAAGAUGAUGGGAACUUCGAGAAGCUGCCAUGCAGCAAAGAUGCCAUCCUGAAAUGCGACAAACAAUUCCUGGAUGAUAUCCUACAGUGGACACCUUCAUGUGAUGCCCUAGAGGCUUAUGAUGAAUGCCUUCAGAAGACGACCGAGUCGUGCAACGACGAAGCCUCGGAAAGCGCACGUAAGGCGGCUGACGACAUCUUCAAAGCCUACAAAUCUACAGGCGAAUGCGACGGCAACACUUAUUAAUUAUUGGUCAGAUCGCCACCAUAUGACUGUCUGAGUAAAUGCUAUGCUAUACAAUCAAGAGAUCGAAUGUGUGUCAUGUACUUUCUGUAACAUCAAGACCUCUCAGGAAUCGUUUAGAAUGAUAUAUUUAGCUUACAUUUGACAAAACAGUUUUAUAAGUACCGAUGUAUGUAAAAUGUAAAUGCUCAACGGCUUUUCUAUGCUUUGAAAUUUGUGAAAGAGUGCUCGUAAAAUAGUCAUCCUAUCGAAGAUCUAAAACAUAUUUCUAUGAUUCUGUUUUCUUUUGUAAUAAUGUGGAUUAAGAUAAUUCCGCAAGUUCUGAAAUUGGGUUCCUAAGGGGAGUCCUAUGCUACUUUUAAUUAAACAUAACUCAUUCCAUACGUAUGAUCCAGAUCUUUCAGUUUUCGCAGAUAACAUAAAUGUACCUAGGUUAUUAGUCGAGGAUUAAUAAUUUAUCACAAUAUAUAAAAAUAAAAAAUCAGUGACCUACAUGAACCUUUUCAAAAAAUGUAGGUCAAUGACGUUUCUUCGUUUUAUAGGGUGGUCAAAAAAUGGCAACCCUGCAUUUUCCUCAUAUCUUCGUCGUUUAAGAAGAAUACUCCCUGAUGUUUUACACAUUUGUACGUCAAUCAAUUUCC